GAAAACUUUAUGAAGUUUCUUCCCUAAGGAGCACUCAGAUGACAGGUUAUUUCCACACAAGGCUUGAGCCCUGCCUGGGGCUUUGAAAAAAAGGCGGUGCUGAGGGAGGGAUGCUGACUUGUGUUUCUGUGUGAGGUCCAGCCUUCUGGGGUCCCACAGAACGGGGUGAGGGUCUCCCUUUCCCUCCCCCUCCCCGAUGUGCACGGCCCGCGCUCCAAGCCUGGUCCCAUAAGACCCCUCAGUUCCAGGAAGACCAACACCUCUGUUUUCCAUGGUCCCAAAACCCUUCGGAGCAAAGGAGCCUUUAAUGCUCUGCUUCCCCUCCUGGGCUCCGCCCUCCACUCUGGGGGUCUGCAAACGUCUUUCCUGCCCCGAACUUGAAUAGGUGUGAGAAAAUUGUAACUAUUCUUGUCCAGGAUGGUCCGUGUUUCUCGGUCUCGGUCUGGCCGGGGGGGUGUCUCGUGGGAUCCGCAGGUCUAGACCCCCUGUCUCUUCUCGGAUGCCCAGGCCUCUCCGGGAUCCCGACUGCUGGCUUCACCCUCAUCUGCAAAGCCAUCGCUUCCACAGCCACCCCCGGAGAAACCUCCCAAACUCCGGGGACCUCCGCAGAGUCCCCUGCCACGGAGGGGGGCAGGGGACAGGGUGGGACAGCAUGAUUUCUCCGCCCACAUCGCACCCCCACGACCUGUGGUGUCCAAGUUCCCCUUCUGUGCCAGGCCACAGCUGCCUGUCACUCUGUCACCCUCUGGCUUCCUGUUGGGGCCUCCCGGGUCCCUCCCCACAUUCAGGGCGUUCCUGUCCCUGACAGAGGGGCCUGGACUGGGCCCUGCCCUGGCCGAGGCGGACAUGGUGCCCCUGCUGCUGCUGCUGCUGCUCCUGCUGUGGGGGGGGUCCCUGCAGCAGGAUCAAGGUUUCUGGCUCCAAGUGCAGGAAUCCGUGGCGGUGCAGGAGUGCCUGGGUGUCCAUGUGACCUGCUCCUUCUCCUUCUCCUGGAGUUACUGGUCUUCCCCUGGGCAACUCUUCAUCUACUGGUUCCGGGAAGGGGAUAACACCCUCGUCGGUGAGCCUGUGGCCACAAACAACCCACACAGACCAGUGAACCCACAGACUCGGGACCGAUUCCAACUCUCUGGGGAUCCCCAGAACAAGGACUGCUCCCUGAGCAUCAGAGACGCCAGGAUGAGUGACACGGGGGUCUACGUCCUCCGGCUGGAGGAAGGAAACAGAGUAAAACACACUUACACAGAUAAGAAGCUGAAGGUGCAGGUGACAGCCCUGACAGAGAAACCCGACAUCCACUUUCUGGAGCCUCUGGAGUCUGGCCGCCCCACAAACCUGACCUGCUCCCUGCCGCUAGUCUGUGAUGGGGGAAGGCUUGUCCAUUUCUCCUGGGCGGGGGCCGCCCUUGAUGCUGUGGACCCAGAGGCCCUUGGCUCCUCGGUGCUCACCCUCACCCCGAGACCCCAGGACCAUGGCACCAACCUCACCUGUCAGGUGAAACUCCAAGGAGCUCAGGUGACCACGGAGAGAACCAUCCAGCUCAAUGUCUCCUACGCGCCAAAGCUGAUGACGACCAGAAUGUUCCAGGAAAAAGUCACAGACCUGAAUGGCACAUCACUGCCGGUCCUGGAGGGCCAGUCCCUGCGCCUGGUCUGUGGGGCUGACAGCAACCCCCCUGCCGUGAUGAGCUGGUCCCGGGAGGGAAGAGCUCCUCGCCCCUCGCAGCCCUCAGCACCCGGGGUCCUGGAACUGCCGCACGUGGGGGCUGAUGAUGGAGGGGAAUUCACCUGCCAAGCUCAGAACCCACUGGGCUCCCAGCAGGUUUCCUUCCACCUCUCUGUGCAGAGAAGCCCCCCUUCCUGCAGCUGUGUGACUGAGGAGCAGCAGGGCUCCUGGCCCCUGGUCCUCACCCUGAUCAGAGGGGCCCUGAUGGGGCUUGGUUUCUUCCUCGCCUAUGGCCUCACCUGGAUGUACUACACCAGGUGUGGAGGCCACUAGGCAGCAGUGCUGAGAGGCAGGACUGAGCCUCCCUGCUUCUCAAGACAGGGUUCCGUGAGGACGAGGCGCCCAGAAGACACACAGGAGAGGACAUUGCAGUCAGCUUCUUCCUGGAAUCGCUCAAUGCAAACCUUAUCUCCUUUGCACCCAUGAGCUUUGAAUUUGAGGAGGCACCUGUGUGAUGCUGUAGAGUCUAUCCCAGUGAAAGGAGACUUUUAUUUCGUAUGUGUUCCAGGAGCAGGUGGCAUAGCCCGCUGGGCAGGGCCCCAGGGGGAAGCACCAGGUGUUGCUGAGGCAGAAGGAGCAGGUGCCAGGAAGGCUUUCCUGGGGUUUCCAUGGAAAGGCAAGGCUGGGCAGGCAAAAUACAUUGGGAUGUGCUAGUUUGAAUAAGCCUGGUGGGUUUUGGGGCUCUGACGAUGGUCUUGAGUAGACUGCUACCAGUUCAGGAAGGAUUUAGAGAAGGGAAAUAGGAUCUUGGUGGUGGGAGGGGUAGUUAAGGAGAAUGGUUGAGGGUUAUGGGCUAAGGAUUGGUUGGUUUGCAGCUGAAAGGUGAGCUCCUGGCAGGGCCCUUUUCUGUCUCUAAGAAUUGGCUGACCCUGGGAGGCGGCGUCCUUCCCAGGCUGGUACGUUUUGUAAGAUGUCCAAGCAUCAUAUGAUACAGGAAAUAAAACACGACUGUGGUCUACACCCCCCAA